AUGGAGCCUUUCCCAAAGCGGCGGCGAUCAUGCAGCGUGGAGCCCGGCGAAAAAGGUGUUCUGCAGGGCGAACCUGCUGACCUCACAAGCGAAGUUCGCAGGCUGCUGGCAGAAGGACUGCUUCACCAAGCGGCGGCGUGCUGCGAGCGUGAAGCUGCGCUGUUCCCAAAGUGGUCGCAGCCUUGGUUCUUGCGCGGAUUCGUCCACGAUGUGGCACACGAGCACGAGCAGGUGGCCAGUUGCAUGCGAAGAGCCUUGGAGCUAGAUCCAAGCCGAGCAGAUGCGUGGCUGUUCUUGGCUGAGUGCGACUACCGCCGCGGCGACUUCGAAGGUGCCUUCCGUGCCUUCGACGAGGUUUGCCAUUUAGACCCAGGCGGCCCAGCAGCACAGCAGGCCAUGGCUGACCAAGCCCUUCUUCGGCGAAACCUCCGUUGCGUGUUCGUCCACCGGAAUGUCUGGCAGCCGGAGACGGCGCAAGCCCUCCUCAAUUUCUCAGGAGGUCCAGAUGCUAGAGGAGCCUCGCCUGCGGUCCGCUUGUGGGAUGCCGCCUUGCCGGAGGAGCUUUUCGGGCUGGUCAGAGAGAGUGUGGACGACCUUUGUGUCUGGAGGACAAAGAGCCCGGCAAAAAUGAACACGUUCUGGUUGGAUCGGAGCGCAGAGCCGAGGACGGCUACAGAGCUGGCAGGGAGAGCGCUGCUGAGGCUGCUGGGCCAGGACCACAAGCAAUAUCGAGGUAUCGAGUGGUGGUGUCGCAACCAGGCGGCGCAGAUGGGCGCUCAUUUCCACUACGAUACGGCUAUCUCAGGCUGUGAAGGAGCGGCGGUCUCGCCAGAGUCCCUUCGCCCAACGCUGUCCAGCGUGCUCUAUCUCGGGGAUGUGGGUGGCCCCACGAUGAUCCUCAACCAGGUGGCCACUUCGCAAGCCAAGCUUUUUCCGCCAAUGCCGGACAGGGGUUGGACAGUCGCGACACGACGGAACAGAUGGUUGGUCUUCCCUGGUAAUCUUUUCCACGGCGCGGUGUCCUUUGGUGCCAACGAGGCCCAGCCGACUGCACCUCGCUUUGUCAUUUUGUUUAACUUUUGGGCGGAACACCGCCCGGCGGCGCCGUCAUGCCAAGCCCCUAACUUCCAGGACUACAUGCCUGUUUGCAGCGUUUCACCGACCGCACGCCACCUGCUGCCGGACAAUCGGAUCGAGGAGCUGCAGAGACUCGUCCAGGUGCAGAGGAAUGCGACAGAGCUUCAUCCAUCGGAGCUUUGUAGUGCCAAGGAUAUGCCCCGAUCGGUUAUCGUGGAAGAUUUUCCUUUUGGUUUGCCACUGCCCGUCAGCGAGGUGCUUGCAGCAACUGGGAUCUGCGGUGGCUUUCUGUCCUUGAACUUCCAUUCUGCCGCAGCCUCGUUUCUGGAAGGGACCGGACAAAGGGUGUGGAUAUCCUUGCUUCGACCUCUUGCUCCUAAGCUAUUUUGCAGUAGUUCGUCGUUGACCACGACCUAA